UGUUGGGUUACAGCGUGGGCUCCCGGCGCUGGGUGGGGCGAGAGGAGCCCCGGCCCCGGCCCGCCUCUCCGCUUCCCUCCGGGCACGGCGUGCGGCGGCCCGGCUGCUCUCUCCGCCCGUCCGGGGCGGCCUCCGGGGAUGAGCGGGCUGCGGCGGCUCUUCCGCGGCAGCGGGCGAGCGCUGGCGUUCGUCUUCGCCGCCUCCGUCGUCUGGCUGCUCCUCGACAUGGCCGCGCUCCGCCUCUCCCUCGGCGACGCCGGCGGGCGGCUGCUGAAGGAGGCGGCGGGGCGCGGGCAGGAGCGGGCGCAGCUGUGGCGCGGCCCCGAGCCGCCGGCGGGCAGCAGCCGGCCCGACCCCGCCGGGCUCCGCCGCGGUGGGCGCAGGGACGGAGGGAGCCCGCCCGCCCGGGCAGCCCGGCCCGGCCCCCCCCGGCCGCCGAGCCCCCCGCAGCGGGGAGGGCGCGCAGAGGAGCGGCCCGCGGCUGCCCCGGGGGCUCGGCUGACCCCGCCGCCGAGGUCGGUUGUCAGCUUGAGGGGCGGUGCGGGGGCUGUAGCGGCGCCGGCAGCGAGCAAACCCCUGUCCGAGGCAGCGGAGGGGGUUGUAACCGACCCCGCUGGCAGCAGAGCUGGGCUGCAGGAGGCGUCGCCGUCCCGGGCAGGCGCCCCGCGGCCUCCCCACAAGCCCCCUUCCCCCGCCCCGCCGGCUCCCAGGCGCCCCGAGCCUGCACAGGGGGCUGGGGUUGGGGUGACGGUGGCGGAGGGACCCGGACACGCCAACGGGAGUCGGCAGCGACCUGCCGGCACACCGGGGAAAGCCAGUCCGCCAUCCCGGGCAGCGGGGCUGGGAGCCCUGCCAGGGCAGGAGGAAACAAGAGUGGGAAAGAAAGAAACUUCCUCCGAACAUCUCUUCAUCCUUAUUAGCAAAGAGGGGAUAAAACCCGUCAGCCCAGCAGCCCCGCGUCUUGGAUCCGACUUUGCGGGGAAUAUCACAAAGAGACAAGACAGCAGCAAAGAGCGGCAACUCGCUAACAAAAAUGGUGACGGUGCCCGUACUGCGAACGCCAUCACCGGGGCUGCAGCGCUGGAUGGCCAGAGCCGGACGCUGGGUGCGACGCAAGGAGCAACUCACGGGGCGCCUGCCGCUGGCAAGGACGGGCAGGAGCAGGCAGGAGGCAGCCGCCCGGGAACGCACAGGGUCUUGUCCAUGGAUGCAACGCUUGCCCCGAGAGACCCCCAAGCUCCCGGCCAGUUUGGACACCCUGUUGCAGUCCCUGAUGAUAAACAAGAAGAAGCGAAAAGUAGAUGGAAAGAAGGAAACUUUAACGUCUACCUCAGCGAUUUGAUCCCCAUAGACCGAGCCAUAGUGGACACCAGGCCUGCCGGGUGCUCCGAGCAGCGGGUUCACGACGACCUCCCAACCACCACCAUCAUCAUGUGCUUUGUGGAUGAAGUAUGGUCCACCCUCCUCCGCUCCAUUCACAGCGUCCUCAGCAGAUCUCCUCCGCACCUGAUCGAAGAAGUCAUUUUGGUGGACGACUUCAGCACUAAAAAGUACCUCAAGGAGAAGCUGGACAAAUACAUGUCGCGGUUCCCAAAGGUGAAGAUCCUCCAUCUGAAGGAGAGGCAUGGUCUAAUACGGGCCCGGCUGGCGGGAGCGGAGAUGGCCAAAGGCGCCGUCCUGACCUUCCUGGACUCGCACGUGGAGUGCAACGUGGGGUGGCUGGAGCCGCUGCUGGAGAGGGUCCGCCUGAGCCGGGCCAAGGUCGCCUGCCCCGUCAUCGAGGUCAUCAGCGACAAGGACAUGAGUUACAUGACCGUGGACAACUUUCAGCGUGGGAUUUUUACUUGGCCAAUGAAUUUUGGAUGGAGGCAGAUUCCACAAGAGGUCAUCGAGAAAAAUAAAAUCAAGGAAACCGAUAUAAUAAGGUGCCCGGUCAUGGCAGGUGGCCUGUUUUCCAUCGACAAGAAGUAUUUUUUUGAGCUGGGAAUGUACGACCCAGGCCUGGAUGUUUGGGGAGGUGAAAAUAUGGAGAUUUCAUUCAAGGUCUGGAUGUGCGGGGGAGAGAUUGAGAUUGUUCCAUGCUCCAGAGUUGGGCACAUUUUCAGGAACGACAAUCCUUAUUCCUUCCCGAAAGAUCGGGUGAGAACGGUGGAGAGGAACUUGGCCCGCGUUGCGGAGGUCUGGCUGGACGAGUACAAGGAGUUAUUCUACGGCCACGCUUACCACUUAGUCUUGAAAAACUUGGAUGUUGGCGACCUGACUCAACAAAUCCAACUGCGAAAGAAGCUUCAGUGCAAAAGCUUCAGGUGGUACUUGGAGAACGUCUACCCGGACCUGGAAGCUCCCCUGGUUAAAGCCAGCGGGCUGCUUGUUAACAUAGCCGCAGCGAGAUGCAUCACUGUGGAAAACACCACUCUAGCUUUUGAGGCGUGCGAUGUUAACAACAAGAACCAGAAGUUCAACUACACCUGGCUGAGGCUGAUCCGGCACAGAGAGCUCUGCGUCGCCCCGGCCGGCGCUGCGGGGGCGCUGGGCCUGCGCCACUGCGAGGACAGGAGCCGCAGCCUGACGUGGCUGCACAGGUCGCUGGCCGCCUUCCAGCCGGAGCUGACGGACCACAUCGUCUCUGAGCACCUCCAGCCGCCCGCCUGCUUGGAAGUGGAUCCCUCUCACAAAGCCCUGAGGGUAAAUGCCUGUGACUCCGCAAAUCCUUAUCAAAAGUGGCAGUUUGGCAAUUACUAUGCAGACUGAAGGGAACACAGUGGAACCAGAAACGCUGUGUUUUCGUCUUGUGAAUUCAGCAAGGACAUCUGUGCGACUUGUGACAGCAAUUACAAAACUGGAAGUUCAUUUCCAAAUGAUAACUGAAAUCCGUAAUUUAAACCAGCAUAUUGAGAGAUCAGAACACCAAGAGCAGCACAUCUGGUUUAACGACGUCUGAAACAGGUAGGCGUGGUUUUCCCUCACUGUGGGAGACUGGCAAAAACUCAAAUAAUUUUCUGUAUUAUUAAAUGGAAAUAUUUUUUGAAGUCUCCCAUCCUACCAUAAGCAAACCUUCAUCAGUUCCCCCUGGACCACAGCAUAAGCUACAGAAAUACUUCCAGGGCUCUGUAGUCUGUAAACAGCAAAUUGGGUUGCUUAUUCUUCCAGAGAAAACGGAAGUUUUUUGACCAAUGCAUUAAAAAAAAAUCCAUCAGACAUGCCUGUGCUGAGUCUGGCCGCAGGAUCCUGCCCUGUGGGAUCCGUUGCCUCUGACAGACGAGUACCAGGGUUCCAUUAGGAAUCGAUUGCUUAUUGAAAAAGCUUUCUUUUAACAACGAGAGGCAAAUGUGGGUCGAUAAGCUGCCCAGCAGAGGAGGUAAACUGGGGGCUGCAGAAGAAGCAACGGGCACACUCGCCUGCGCCCUGCAGACAGCGAGGACACGUGUGCCUCGCUGUGCUUGGAGGCGAGAGGGGCGCCGGGGAGGCAAACCGGGGGCUUACCCCUCUUCGUGCCAGCGGCACACACCAGCCGGGGAGCACCUCGCCCCAGGGCGGCCGGGCUGUCUCCACCCUGGGGCUGCCGGGGCCCCAGCCGCUUCCCUGAGCCCCCGUGGCUUUUUCGGGGCUCCCCCAGGACUCCUUGGCUCGGGGCAAGGAGUGCCGAGGCAUUGGGUCGCGCUGGGGCCGGUGAUGUUUGCUGCGGCCCCAAGCAGGGUGGCUCACCCUGCUCCUGCCAGGCCUUUCCCAAGGAAGCUUUCCCAGGCCAGGCAGCUCUCCCCAGCGCGGCGUCCCCCACCAUGGGCAGAGGGAGGGCAGGGACCUCCGGCAGGACGUCUCACAGCCCAAACCUCUGGAUGGGGGAAAACCCCACUGAACUCAGCGAGGGCUUCCGCUCAGAAAGGGCUGCAGAACACGUGCGUUUCACGGGAGCCCUCGCAGAGGUGAAACAGCAUGACGAGACCCCAUCCCCACACCCCAAAGUCCCUCUGACCUACCAUCACAGGCACUAGUUCUCCUUACCGAGAAACGUUUUAUCCCCAAAAGCUGUCACCACCUUUUGAAGGAACAGAUUUGAUAGAACAAAUUCUGCAGUGACAGGACAGUUUGAGCCAGGAUACGUAGCACCAGUGUGUCCCAGACGGGAUUUCUUCCCCCGUUUCUGUUCGGAAGUUCCCGCAGCGGGAGGCUGCUCCCCGUACGGCUGCGGUGUCGCUGAGGAAGGCAGCGCUCCUCCUGCCCCCCCUGCCCCGCGCUGCGACAAGGGGCUUCUCCAGCACCAGCCUUUGGGGAUACGUGGGGCUGGGCAUCCCUCGUUCUCACGCCGCUGUUGACCACAGCCGAGCCUCCACCAUCCCGUGUGCACAGAACACCUCCUGCCUCUGCUUUGAUUUGUCAACAGCAUAACGUUAACUCUCACGUGGCGGAUCAAUGCUGACAGCAUCUGACCGGCCCAAUCUGCCAAAAUAUUGACUGGCCCAACAGAUUUUCCCGGCUGGCUCCUAUUCCAACCGUCUUCCCGAUUUUCUCUCCCUCCUUUAGCGCAGCUAGCCUGCAGUCACUAUCAGAAAAAUGACACAGAUGUUGUUUGUGCAGUCAUCUUUUAUCAGGAGUGUGAAUUUCAUCAGAUUCUGUUUGCUGACAUUCAAUCACUUGUCACCCAGUAGGCACCAAAUGGUCCUAUGUCACGGUCACGGCCCCUUGCCAGGCUUGACACUUGCACUGCGAUUCCCGCUGCUGUAAAUGCUCCCUUCCAUCUUGGGAUCUUUUGCUGAAAGACUGGAGCGUGCCUGGGGGGCUGCUGGCCGGGACUGCGGCCCUGCUGUGGCGGUGUCGCCGCUGUGGCGGUGUCGCCGCUGUGACGGUGUCGCCGCUGUGACGGUGUCGCUGCUGUUACGGUAUUGCGAAGCGUUCAGACUGCACCACUUGGCCGAGUCUGCCAGACGCGAGAGCGGUUUCUUCCAGCAGACGUGGCAGUAGGGAUCUCACUCCUCCCCAGCGAGCUGCCUGCUCCUUUGGCCCUCUCCACGCACGGCGCCUGGGCGUGCAUCGCACCUCGGGGC